AUGAUCUACGAUACAACCCUCUGCAACGUUGGUGAUACACUAUAUCCAUUUACAAGUGGAACUGCGCAGCCAAGAUUGGGGAUCCCUAGGGGCACAUUCCAUCUACAAUUCGAGGACCUAUCCUGUGUGGAGCUCUUUGCCGGAGUGAAGACUGUGGCACGUGGCUUCCAGUACUAUGGGUUUUCCGCUGCGACCUAUGAGAUUGCUGACGAUGGCAUCUACCAGGACAUCUUGAAUCCCUUGGGGUUCUGUUUCGCCCUCUCCCUGUGCAUCCGCCUCUUUAAAGAGGCCGGAUUAGCAUGGUUUGCACCGGUUUGUUCCAGCUGGGUUUGGAUCAAUCGGCAUACCUCUGGGAGAUCGCAGGAGAGGCCAUUGGGAUAUCAGCAGUGUUCAGCAGUGCAGCUGGCGAUGAAUGUCAUGGUGGGCAGAUGCAUGGCUUGCCUCACCAUGAUGUGCGCCCUUGGAUUACCAUUUAUUUUGGAGCAGCCAAGUACAAGCGUGAUGGAAUAUCACCCAUGUUUCCAAUUCCUGGCUCGGCAAUUCCGGAUUUACAAAGCAUUUGUGUGGAUGGGAAGCUAUGGUGGAGACAGUCCCAAGGGAACAUGGCUUUACAGCAACGUGGAGGCUUUGAUCAAAGAUCUUUACCUGCCUCUUUGUGACAAAAAAUGGGGAGCAAAGAUGGUUCGCAGGCUUGUUGCUUUGAACACAUGA